CGAAAAAAGGACAUGGAUGUUUGAAUUCGAUAUCCGGCAAGAUAGUGAUAGCGCAAAAUCAAACCGUGUUACUGCUUACUAUUCGGUACCCAAUGUGUUGAUCCCUUUCAAGACCGCUACGAACAUGGACAGAAACCGGACCCGGAUACAUCUACCAAAACAUAUCUUUUUUACCUUACUUAUUAUUCAGAAUUUGAAACAUGAAGCUACCGCUAACCAAUGCCUUGCGAAAGAAACUUGCAGCGAGUGUAUAACUGAAAGUCCCCUCUGUGCAUGGUGUUGGCAGGAAGAUUUUUCUGGCACAAGAUGUGAUUUCACAGAGAAUUUAAGAAAAGUUUGCAACAAUGUAGUGUCGCCAAAUGAUGAAAUAAAAAAAUUAAAGGAUAUGAAUUUGAGCGACAAAGGAGCAAAGGAAAGCGAAGCUAUACAAGUUAAACCCCAAGAAAUAAGACUGAAACUAAGACCAAAUUCCGUGAUGAAAUUUAAAUUAGAGUUUCGACAGGCAGUAGACUAUCCCGUUGAUCUCUAUUACCUCAUGGAUUUGUCAAAUUCAAUGGCCGAUGACAAAGAUAAACUAGCUGAACUGGGAAACAAGUUAGCAGCAGAAAUGGGGACUAUUACGAACAACUUCAGAUUAGGAUUUGGAUCUUUCGUUGACAAAACUACGGCCCCGUAUGUCAAUACGCAUCCUGACAAACUUCGAGAACCAUGCGCUGGAUGUGCUGCUCCUUAUGGUUUUCACAAUGAUAUGCCACUGAGUUCCAAAACACAUGAGUUUGCUAGGAAAGUCAAAGCAACUCCUGUAUCUGGCAACUUAGAUGCCCCAGAAGGAGGUCUCGAUGCCAUUAUGCAAGCCAUUGUUUGUAAAGAUGAAAUUGGAUGGCGGAAUAAGUCAAGAAAACUUCUCGUCUUCUCAACUGAUAAUGGAUUUCAUUACGCUGGAGACGGCAAGCUCGGUGGCAUCAUUAGUCCCAAUGACGAAACAUGCCAUUUGGAUUCUCGUGGCUCCUAUACCAAAAGUACAGAACUUGAUUACCCAUCCUUGAGUCAAAUAAAAAAUCAAGUGAAGAAGAAUUAUGUUAAUAUAAUCUUUGCGGUUACCAGCGAUCAAGUAAAAUUAUAUGAAAAACUCAGCAGAUUGCUUACGGGCUCUAGCACUGGUAAAUUGGAGAACGACUCGAGCAAUGUUGUUGACCUCGUCAGGCAACAGUAUGAUAAAAUCACUUCUUCUGUGGAGUUGACAGAUAACAACAAUGAUCCCAAUAUACGCAUCUCUUAUUACUCCAAAUGCCUCGGUAAUAAAAUAGAGAAAACAAACGUAUGCAAAGGUCUUAAAGUAGGAACGCAUGUGACCUUUGAAAUAUCUGUAGAGUACACGUUUUGCCCUCGAGAUCGUAGCCAGUGGAACCGAACAUUUCAAAUCUAUCCUGUUGGAGUGCCUGACCAGUUGAUCAUUCACCUGGAAAUGAUUUGCGAAUGUGAAUGCGAAAAACCAAAGUACCAGGUGCGUAACAGCCCGAAGUGCAGUGAGGGUAAAGGUACAUUUCAGUGCGGCAUAUGUGACUGUUAUAACCAAACAUACGGGAGUCGAUGCGAAUGCGAUGGCUUAGAUUCGCAUUCUUCUGUUGAUGUUAACAGCUGUUAUAAUGGUGAUGAUACAAAACCUUGUUCGGGACAAGGAACUUGUGUAUGUGGCAAGUGUGAGUGUUUCACUCGGCAGAAUCCUGACGAAAAAAUAUACGGCAAGUACUGUGAAUGCAACAAUUUCAGUUGCGACAAAUUUGAUGGGAAAUUCUGUAAUGGAAAAGAUCACGGAGUUUGUGACUGUGGCCUCUGCAAGUGCCUUAGCGGUUGGACCGGUGAAAACUGUGGAUGCAGAGACAGUACAGCUGCAUGCAUGCCUCCAAAUGGAGAGAUGUGCAGUGGACAUGGCACUUGCGAAUGCGGCAUCUGUAAAUGCGACACUAGCGAACAAGAGUAUUUUGGAAGAUAUUGUGAUGACUGCGCGACAUGUCCUGGUAUGUGCGACGAAUUGCAGGAAUGUGUGGAAUGUUGGGUAAGGGACCAGAAAGGAGAAAAUCUGAACUGCACGUCUUGUGGUUAUGCUAUAGUACAUCCCAUUGAAAACAUCAGAGUGGGAGAAAUGGAAAAACAAUGCACUUUUGAAGAUAAAGAAAAAUGUCGAUAUACUUUUAAAUAUUCUUUUGAUGACAUGAAUAGGCUGUUAGUCUUCCCCAAAAUGAAGCUGGAAUGUCCUGAACCCAUCAACGUGGUUGCUAUCGUUUCUGGAGUAUCCGGUGGUGUGGUAGCUACCGGCUUAUUCUUGUUGAUGCUGUGGAAGAUCCUGACUACCAUUCACGACAGGAGAGAGCUUGCAAAAUUUGAAAAGGAAAGACUUAUGGCCAAAUGGCAAGAGGGAGAGAACCCCAUUUACAUACAAGCCACCAGCACUUUCCAGAAUCCUGCAUAUGGAGGUGACUGAAAAUGAGCGAAAUAUUAAUUUCAGUAUGAAGAAGCUCUAAAAAGAAAAGAAAAGAAAAUUGCUUUUUAUAAUAUCAAAUUAAAAAACAAAUGAAAGCUCCCCAAAAUAAUAAAGCAAAACUCAAUUAAAUUGUUUAUUAUAAUAAAAUAUUCGUGUUAAAGGAAAUGAUUAUUCAAGGAAAAAUUAGAGUUUUCAUACGAUUGAUCAAUAAGUGAUACGCAACAUGAUUUUUUUAUAUUUAUAUUCAAUUUGGUUGUGAAAAAAAAAGUAACUUGCUAUUUUAAUGCCAUUUACUUUUGUGAACAUCUUCUGUAAAAAGUAUUUUAUAUUUAUUUAAUUUUUAUAAAUAAAAACAAAUAUUAACAAAA